AUGCUCACGGAAUGUGAGAAACUGCUAGGCGAAGGCCUUUUGCGCCUCCCAGCCAAAUACAGUUAUCACUACAAUAUAAAAGCAGAGGAGGAUCUGUUAGAGCUUCUCUUUCGAUCACUAUGCGGCAACGAUCCUCAGAGGCUACGAAUACUCUUCCCCGAUGGGCCUCCAGCUGAUCGAGUAUGGAAAUUAGCGGAAGCUCAAGGCGCACAAGAAGGCGCGGAGUACAGUGCCGCUGCCAAGGGUAAGCGAUGUGGUCAUAUCUUCAAAGCUGGCGAAGGAACAUAUCGGUGUCUGACGUGCGGUGCGGACGAUACGUGUGUUUUAUGCAGCCGAUGCUUUGACGCGUCCGACCAUACGGGCCAUCAGUAUCAAAUUUCGCUAUCGGCAGGUAACUGUGGAUGUUGCGAUUGUGGCGACGAGGAAGCAUGGCGGGUGCCUUUAUGCUGUGCCAUUCACACUGAUACUGGCGAGUCGAAGGGAAAAGAACGAACCAAGAAAGACCUGCCAUCGGAAUGGGUUGAAGAUAUCCGAAAUACCAUCUCGCGAACAUUGGACUAUUUCUGUGAUGUCAUCUCAUGUUCACCUGAACAGCUUCGUCUACCAAAAACAGAAGAAGGAAUCCGUCAUGACGAGGUGGCAUCGCGAUUACAUCCAGGAUGGUAUGGCGAGGGUGAUGAGGAGGAGGAAGAGCCUGAGUUUGCCCUUGCUUUGUGGAAUGACGAGAAACAUACUAUCCGCGAUGUAUCUCACCAAGUGACACGGGCAUGUCGAGAACGAUCUAGCUUCGGAGAUUUGAAGGCACAUGAAACCAAUGAGAUAGGACGCAGCGUUAUCAAGUACUCCAAGGAUUUGAACAGGCUACUGCAGGUCUCGAAAAUAAUUGAGCAUAUCAAGGUCACAGUCACCAUUCGUUCGGCUCGAGACACGUUUAGAGAAGGAAUGUGCGGUACCAUUGUUGAAUGGCUCUCUGAUAUCGCCGGCUGCAGCUUUGGUGAAGACAAUGAAAUUUUGCGCAAUAUCAUCUGCGAAGAACUGUUGCGUCCAUGGCGACAGGGAAGCGGCGCGUACAAUGCUGACAUCGGAAUGAAAGGUAUUGACGACCAUGAGCGAAAUGAAAACGCGCCUUUCUAUCGCACGGCUAUAACACUGACAGUAUCUCCUCAAGGUGGUGUCAUUGUUGGAACAGAAGACGAUGACGAAGAUGAAGACGACGAGGUUGACGAAAAUGAGGCGGGCCAAGGCCAGGACGAGGACGAAAUGGAAGGGGAGGAGGACUUUGUAGUGAACGAAGAAGACGAUGACGAUUAUUCAGAAAUGAUGGACAUUGAGAAUCCACGUCUUCGCCAUAUUUUAGGCAUCAACUCUGACGAAGAUGUCGACAUGGGUAAUGCAGAUGGCGAAGGACAAGAGACUGACGCAAAUACUCCCGCAGCUGGUGAUCGGACGCCUCAAACAGCUCGGGAUAAUCAGACUGCUGGCGCAGGACACGAGACGACUGAGAGCUUUCAUGUGGAGAUCCCCAGGACUCCCACUACAUCAGUAAAGCUGUCCGCGGCAAAAACACCAAGCCAUUGGCAAUCACGACCUGUUCGCCCUGCUGGGAACGUACCGAUAUAUGAGAAUCUCAAUCAGCGUACUCGACUUGAUUGGAUGAUCCUGUUUGACCUCCGUUUAUGGAAGAAAACCAGGAUCGAUUUGCGAGAUCUUUAUAUCAGCACCGUUGUCAAUGUUCCUCAGUUCAAACGAGUCAUGGGUCUACGCCUUGCUGCGCUUUAUACCGCAUUGGCUCAGUUGUAUUUGAUCGCCGAUCGCGAGCCAGAUCACUCCAUUGUUAAUGUGUCCUUACAACUCCUCACCACCCCGUCCAUCACGGAAGAGAUUGUCCACCGAGGUGAUUUCCUUACGAAGGUGAUGGCUAUUUUAUAUACUUUCCUCACGACCCGCCAAGUCGGAGAGCCAUGGGAGGUCAAUCCAAAUGCAACCCUGGCCUUUGAUGCUGGCUCGGUUACGAAUCGCCGACUAUAUCAUUUCUUCCUUGAUCUUCGUCAUCUCCUUUUAUCUGAAUAUGUACAAAGCCGUAUCCGUACCGAAGAACAAUAUCUCCUACAAUUUUUGGAUCUUGUCAAGCUACCUCAAGGCAUAUGUCCUAAUGUUCGCGCCGUCGGUGAGCACGUGGAAUACGAAACAGAUGCUUGGAUCAGUGCAUCCAUCUUGAUGAGAGAGGUCAAUCGUCUAUGUCGUCAAUUCUGCGAAUCGUUCCGCCAACCGACAGCCACAAAUGGCCAAAAUCUCGUGCGGGCAAUCAAGGCAGCGGCUGUUUAUGCCAUUGUCAAUUCAACUGGUGUCGAGAGAAAGCGCUUUGACCAGGCCGAGAUCAAGGAGUAUAUCAAGUUCAAACAGCUUCCUCUCUUUGAUUUUGAGGUUUCUCCGGACGGUCAUAUUCAGCGCCACCGGGUAGUAGAUUUCGUAGUCGAGAAGGGCUCUAUUAGUUUCCACCAUGCUCUUCACUACACUCUUUCAUGGUUACUCGAGUGUGGCCGUGAUAUGGGUCGUGAAUAUAUGCGGGACAUCCUGCUUGAGGCUGCUCAAAUAGCCAACGAAAAGCAUGUCCACGACAGGCAUUUGAGCAAUGAAGAUCUCUUAUUAGCAAUGUUCGACUAUCCCCUUCGUGUCUGUGCAUGGCUUGCCCAAAUGAAGGCUGGCAUGUGGGUACGCAAUGGGUUAAGCCUCCGCCAUCAAAUGUCACAGUACCGUGGAGUUUCCUCUCGGGACUUUGCAUACUACCGGGACAUUUUCCUAUUGCAAACAGCACUAGUUACUUGCGACCCGGCCAGAGUUCUGGCCUCUAUGGCUGAGCGUUUUGGUGUGGUUGCAUGGUUUACUGGAGACUAUCAGCCUCGUCCAGGAUACGAGGAUUCUCAGAUUAUCGAUGUCGCCGAGGAAUUCAUCCACUUGCUCAUCAUCCUGAUUACAGACCGUACCUCGCUCACGGUUGACGAGGAUGACGCGAUGCUUACCCGGGAGAAUAUCAGUCGUGACGUUGCUCACGUACUAUGCUUCAAACCACUUUCAUUCUCUGACCUCUCCACUCGGUUGAGUGAUAAGCUACUGGAAACAGAUAUAUUCCAAGAUGUGCUAGAUGACGUUGCCAGAUUCCGUCCUCCAGAAGGAUUAAACGACACCGGCACGUUUGAACUCAAGCCCGAAUAUCUUGAACUGAUAGACCCAUACAGUGCUCAUUACAACAAGAACCAGCGAGACGAAGCAGAGAGUAUCUAUAGAAACUGGAUGGCUAAAAAGACAGGCAAAAAGCCUGCUGAUAUUGUCUUUGAGCCAAAACUCCGCUCUGUCACAAGCGGGGCAUACUCUAAUCUCUCGGCAUUUACAAGAUCCCCGUUGUUCGCUCAGAUCAUACACCAUUGCCUUGAUUACGUGCUGUGUUCGAAGGAAAAGACGCCUCAAAUCCCGGCCACAAGGAUUGAAGCUUUCCUGCAUAUAGCUCUUCACCUUGUCCUCCUUGCCACCGUGGAAGACAAUUCGUCAGAAGAUGAAAUAGAUGAUAAAUCUACUUCGUCUUUUGUAUCGAAUGCACUUUCAAAGUCGAAACCUACGCAGACAGAUGCUCAUAUCACUAUUGUUGGACUUUUAGAGAAAGUGUCUGUAGCCAGCGAAUAUGAGAGCUGCGCUGCGAAAAUCAAACACAUUAUUAAAACCAUGUGGCAUAAACGACCGAGAACGUACGCAACUGCCACUGAGAAGCUUAAAUUUCCAUACGAACGACUUGAUACCAACUCUCCAGCCAGUACUGCUGAAUCCGAGCAGGAGCUAAAAAAGAAGCAGGCGUUGGAUCGUCAAGCACGCGUUAUGGCACAAUUCCAGCAGCAACAGCAAAAUUUCCUCAGUUCUCAAGGUGCUUUCGACUGGGGUGAUGAUGAAGAAUUGAGUGAUCUGGAAUCCGAGAAUGCGGGUGAUGAAGAAACUAAGACUUGGAAGUAUCCUAGUGGCACUUGUAUUCUCUGUCAGGAGGAAACCAAUGAUUCUAGGCUCUUUGGAACGUUUGCCUUGAUUCAAGACAGUGGUAUAUUGCGUUUGACGGAUGUACAAGAUAGAGAUUGGAUACGAGAGGCGCUAAGGACUCCUACAAGUCUGGACAGAUCAAUUGAUCACAUCCGACCAUUUGGUGUGUCGGGAGAGAACCGUGUCAUGGUUAAGAAACUUGACUCUUCCGGGGGCGAAGUGAUUACGGAAAAGAUUGGGCUCAGCAAGGGUUUCUCGUCCAAAAAUACACUUCGUGGCCCAGUGACUACUGGAUGUGGCCAUAUCAUGCACUUUGCAUGCUUCGAAGUCUAUUGCUCAGCUAUCCAGAGACGUCACUCCCAGCAAGUUGCUCGAAACCAUCCGGAGCAUCUGAACCUUAAGGAGUUUGUUUGUCCACUCUGCAAAGCUCUUGGAAACGCAUUCUUGCCUAUCAUUUGGAAGGGUAAAGAAGAGUCGUAUCCCGGCGUACUAAGUACGGAGAAAUCUUUUGAGGAAUACGUUUCUGAAGAUUUACGAGCCCACCUUUCUCAACCACCCAAUCUCCCAUUAUUCGUCAUGGAGAGCGAGAAGAUACCCCAUGAUCCAUAUUUCCACGUAGCUACUAAGUAUCUCACCAAAUCGAUGGUUGCACCACUUUCCACCGCCAUUGAUCAACGCAACCUCUGGCCAUCUUCUACCGCGCCUUUAUCUCGUCCUAAUUCUUGGUCUUUCCAAGGUGCUAGGAUUCUCAUACCGGGUGACUUUCCCAACACUGAUGAAGGCGGCGCAAACAGUCCCAUGCGCCCACCUGCACCACCGGCUGUGGAAACCUCAACACCAGAGCCAUCAACAGAUCCAAUAUCUGAACUCAUGAAGAUCUAUCAGAGACUGAAGAAGACACUACAUGCCAACCACAUAUCGUCACAGUUUAACCACAAUCUGAAUCCUAGUGCGUGGGAUGACCUAAUAUACACCGAUUCCCUUUUCAGAAGCUUUGGGUUCAGCAUAUCGGCAUUGGAGAUCUCUCAGCGUGGCGUGGAAGCCGAUCCUGGUACCACAUUGCUUGAUAAAAUCCCGCAGCUGACUCUAACCCACCUCCGUGUGUUUGCUGAGACCGCUUAUUCUUAUGCUGCUCUUGGAGCAGCCACCAACUACUAUUAUGGUGAUAAGAAUGGUACGACAGAUGAGUUUCAUCAGAUCCAUCGCCACAAACUCUGUCAGCUCUUCGUUGGUCACCCUAUCAGCUACCAGAGUCCAUUACUUGCCGAAGUUAGGAACACCCCUCCCUUGCUAGGACAGGAUAUUUUUGUUUUUCUUGCCGAAGCUUCGGUGGCAUUGGGACCAGUGUUGAACAUUGAAAUUAGGCAUUUGAUCCAAUUGUGUUAUAUGGCAGAGGUUCUCAAGGUUGCCGUCACAUUCAUUCUGUGCAACCAUCACCUCAAAGAAGAACUCGCCAGACAUGAAAGUGAUGAUUAUUUGCAAACGGAAUCGGCGGAGAUCAAGUAUGCGAUUACGCGCAAGUUCUUUGAUGCGGUGGUAUCUGAGAUGAAAGCAAACACUAUUGGAAGAGCCGCGGGUUCUUCUAUUACCAGUGGUUAUUUGGGCCAAGGCGAAGACUCAAGUACUCCGAGACUCGUCAUGGCUCUUCGACGCCUCAUAUCCAGCUAUGCAUUACCAUUCUUGAGGAAGACCGCCAUACUAUUAUACGUCCAGCAUGGAGUCAAAUUCCCCAACACUGGCUUCCAGGAUGAGAAUGUCUCGGAACUAGACCGUUUGACAAAGUUCCUUCACCUCCCAACACUCGAUGAGAUAUUCUCCUUGUUUUCAAACCCAGCACCUGAAAAUACCUUUUACCGAAUAUUCUCGGGCUGGAUUUUCCAUUGGAAUGCUUCUCGAGGUAGUCGAUCUGAGGAUCACCGACUCUGGCCCAGUCUAUCUCACCCUGCUCCGUUUGAGUUGAUUGGUCUUCCGAAAUACUACGAUCUGCUGAUUGAAGAAGCGAAUCGUAGACGAUGUCCCAACUCGGGCCGGGAGUUGAGUGAUCCCAGUAUCUGCCUAUUUUGUGGUGAGAUUAUGUGCUCGCAAGCAGUUUGUUGCAUGGAUAGUAAGAAAUACGGCGGCUGUAACCAGCAUGUCGAAAAAUGCGGCAAAAAUAUCGGCCUAUUCAUCAACAUCCGGAAAUGCACUGUUCUCUACCUCCACAAUCACAACGGAUCAUGGCAUUAUGCUCCCUAUCUCGACAAACACGGCGAAGUCGACCCCGGUCUCCGUCGUAAUCGCCAACUCAUCCUCAAUCAGAAGCGAUACGAUAAACUUUUACGGGACGUUUGGCUCUCUCACGGCAUCCCUGCGACUAUUAGCAGGAAACUGGAAGCUGAAAUCAAUAAUGGCGGUUGGGAGACUAUUUAA